AUGCCCAUCAUGGAGCCCUUUUCGUUUGCGAGCUCCGACCAGCUCAACUAUCCCGUCUCGAUUCGCAUCAUGAGUCUUGAGGGAGAGGAGACGCCCAUCCCGUUCAGCACUCUCCUUGAGAGGCCAGACCUGCGACAUGUUGGCUCUAACCAAAGUCCUCACUCGGACCUCUAUGUCACCGUCCAGGUCUGGGCCGGAUCCAAGCCUCUGACUGUUCCCGUCCAAACACCCUACAAGUGGUUCCGGAAUGAGCGCAAAUGGUCCGAGUGGUUAACCCUGCCCAUCGACUACUCUACUCUCCCCGAAAAUGCCCGUCUGGCCAUCACCCUCUGGGACCUCUCUCCAACCGGAGGCGAAGGCGCUCAUGGUCAUGCCAUUCCCUUUGGUGGCACCACACUGCCCUUGUUCGAUAAAGACAACCAACUGUACAAGGGCCGUCAACAGUGUUUUGUGUACCGACACAAACAAGCAGAUGGCAAUGAUGAUACCGGGGCUCCUGCUUUCAUACCCAGAAGGUCCGGUGUGGGCUCCAGCAAAAAGGGAACUCCCUCAUCCAUUGUGGACAACGAUGCCGAAGAGUACGACCGCUUGAUGGACCUUCUCAAGAAACACGAGAUGGGAGAGAUACCCCGUGUCGACUGGCUCGACCAACUGGCCUUCAGGGUAAUCGAAAAGCGCGGAUAUGGUUCGGCCAAAUCUUCCCUCAGGCUCAAGGCUAUUCAGCGUCAACAGGAAGCUCUCGCCAGUGCCAACACCGAUGCCUCCAAACCCAUCCCAGUGCCGUCCGACUUUCUGUUGACUGUCGAGCUGCCCAGAUUUGACUUCCCCGUUGUCUUUGCAGAUCACGAGUAUCCACCUCCACCCAUCUCGUCGCUCCAGCAUCUAUCGUCCUCACAGUCGGGUCUCAUGGUGAAGCCCACACCAGACAUUCAGCUUGGACCGGGAAUCAGCCGCAUAGAUGCCGACGAUGAAACCUCCGCAGGCCGCUUGAUCCGAGUUUACGAUCCGGAGGUAGGCGCGAGGGACAACCCAGCCGAGAGCAAGCACCGAAGACUUGUCCGCAGUCAGCAUCGCAACGGUAUUCUGGAUAAAGACCUGAAACCAAACGCUAAAGUCAGAGAUGAACUCAACCAGAUCAUGUCCUACCCACCAACCCACAGUCUGUCGCCCGAAGAGAAGGACCUCAUCUGGAAAUUCCGAUACCACUUAACUAGAUACAAAAAGGCUCUCACCAAGUUUGUCAAGUCAGUCAACUGGCUCGACGCGUCAGAAGCAAGGUCGGCUGUGGUGGUUCUCGAAAAGUGGACUGAUAUUGAUGUGGACGAUGCGCUGGAGUUGCUGGGCCCGACGUUCAGCAACUCGGCCCUGGUUCAGGCGCUCAAGUACGAGCACAUAUUGCCACAGUCCCGUCAAGACGUAUCCCAGGAUAGCUCCCUGGCCAGUUUCUUGAUAACGAGGGCCGUGUCAAGUCUGACGCUCGGCAACUAUUUUUACUGGUAUGUUAUGGUCGAAAUCGACGACAGGAGCUCCGAGCAAGGACAAGAUGCCAGGGAAAUCUACACCAAGGUUGCAUACGAUUUCAUGACCGAGCUUGACAAGCAGCCGGGGGGCCAGGAGAAGAGAAGAACAUACAAACGACAGGCCGAGUGGAUUCGUAUCCUUUCUCAAGUCUCAGGAGAAGUCAAGGAGGCCAACGAGUCUAUCGCCAGAAGAACCGACCGGGUCAAGCACUUCUUGGCCGAAUCCAAGAACGAGCUGGUCACCCUCGACCCGCCGCUCCCACUCCCACUGGACCCUUCAGUCAUGAUCACGGGCGCGAUCCCGGAGGAGACCAUCGUCUUCAAAUCCUCCCUCCAUCCCAUCAAGGUGGCCUUCAAAACCACCUCUGGGACCAAGUACCCCCUCAUCUUCAAAACAGGCGAUGACCUUCGCCAAGACCAGCUCGUCAUCCAAAUCAUCAUGCUCAUGGACGACCUCCUACAAAAAGAGAACCUCGACCUCAAGCUCUCGCCCUACAAGAUUCUCGCUACCAGCACCAGCGCCGGCCUCUCGCAGUUUGUCCCGUCCAUGUCCUUCCAGGGCAUCCUCAACAAAUACGGCAACAACGCCGCGCUCGCCUACCUCAAGCAAAACAACCCCGACAGCAACGGCCCGCUGGGCCUGCGCAAGGAAACGCUCGACACCUUUGUCAGGUCGUGCGCCGGCUACUGCGUCAUCACGUACAUUCUGGGCGUCGGCGACCGCCACUUGGACAACCUCCUCUUGGCCCCCGACGGGCAUUUCUUCCACGCCGACUUCGGGUACAUCCUCGGCCGCGACCCGAAGCCGUUUGCCCCCGUGAUGAAGUUGUCGAAAGAGAUGGUGGACUGCAUGGGCGGGGUCAACUCGGAGCACUAUCGCCAGUUCAAGCAGUACUGCUUCUUGGCGUAUAGUGCCCUCCGAAAAAACAGCAAUUUGAUUCUAAAUCUCUUUAGUCUGAUGGUGGAUGCCAAUAUUCCGGAUAUCAAGCUGGAGCCGGAUAAGGCAGUGUUCAAGGUUAGGGACAGGUUUCACUUGGAACUGAGCGAGGAGGAGGCGAUUAGGAAUUUGGAGAAGAUCAUGGAGGAUAGUUUGAAUGCGCUGGUGCCGGUCAUGAUUGAUCGGUUGCAUGGAGUCAUGCAGGCUUUCCGGACGUAGUGGGAGGAGGAUAUUUGUGUGGAGGAUUGGUCAGCGAUGUGUUCUGUUUUGCACAUAGUCAUAGACUGGAGUCAGCGUUAUAAGGUAACACGAAGCAUUCAAAUAUCCACCCAUAGAUCUACCUCUACAUACCGUGAGUAUGCACACACACACACACACACACACACACCUCAAUCGUCAUCACUGCUUAUGUCUCACCAAAGACAAAGACACCCUUACCACUCCUGAAUCCCUCAAGAGUACCCUGCACCGCAUCCUUCAAGACCUUCUCCUCCGUAUCCCAAGACCAGGUAACCUCCUGCGCCGGCGCAGCCUUAAACUUGCCCUCGCGCAUCAGCUCCAAAAUCUCAUUAAUCAUCCUCUUCUUUUCCUCCGGGUUCUCCUCGGCCCACGCACUCAACCAGAAUCCUUCAAACCUCAACCUCUUGAAGAUCUGCGGCCCCGUAGGGAACGGGAAACUCUGCCUGCUCAUGCCACCAUAUGUAACCAUCACACCCUUGGGACUCAGACUCCUGACAAUCUGCGCCGCAUUCUUUCCGCCGACACAGUUCAACCCCAACAUCAACGGAUCCUUUCCGCCAUUCGUCCACUCGUCCUUCAGCCUCUGCGUGAAGCUGCGAUCCAAAAACUCAUUUUCCGUCACCACCACCGUAGCGCCCAACUCCAUCAAUUCCUUCUUCAACUCCUCCGUCUCCUCGGGCGUGUUUCUUUCCCUCACCACAUUGAUACUCCUCAGCCCCCAAAGCUUACCGAACUGAAUCGCCGACCUGCCCACUCCGCUGUUGGCUCCAUUCUGCAAGAACCACGCUCCCCCACUCGCCGUCCCCUUGGCAAACCCAUCCACGCUCAACUGGAUCAAGUCCACAUAAUCCUUCAGCAUCCGAUACGCCGAGCACGGGUUGACGCUCACCGUCGCCACCUGCAGGGGCGUCAACCCUUCCUUGCCCUUGUCCCCUCCCACCUUCAUCAGCUUUUUGUCGGCAUCCUCCACCAGCGCGUGCGUCCUCAGCGUACCGAACCCGGUCGUCGCCGGGAUCACCCAAUCGCCCUUUUUCAGCCCCCGCACCCCGUUU